AUGUCCACAAACAACAAUCACGACCUCAGUGCGGAACAACCCCGCGACGCGAUCACGGCAGAAGAGAUAAAUGGCACAGAAACGCCUAAUGAACCUCAGCCUACCAUGGACGCAGGCCCCCAAAAGCGCCCAAAUGCAUUCACAGAACUUAUGUCGCAAUCCAAGCGACCAAAACCACCUCCAAGUGGCAUAGCCGCUACCGACUCCCCAAGUACCACCAAGCAAGAUGCCAAAACCUCAAAACGCUGGGAUCCCCGCAACGGACUAGGUGUAUACAUCGAAACCCCUGAGACAAACCCCGAAGGAAGAAUCCUAGAAUACGACGAUGACUUCGUCGUAAUAACGGACAAGUACCCAAAAGCAAGCGUACACCUCCUCCUCAUCCCACGAAAACGCACAUACUACACCCAACACCCCCUCCACGCCCUCUCCACCGACGCCGCCUUCCUCGACACGGUAAGAACACGCACCGUGCGCCUGGUAGAACUAGCAGCCAACGAGCUCCGCCGCCAAUACGGCGAAUUCAGCGCCUCAGAUGCACCCUACAACAUCGCUCUCGAAUCCCUCAUGUCAGGUCCCGAUCCACCAUCCCCCUCCAAGCGCCCCGCUCUUCUUCCACAAGGUCGCGACUGGACUAGAGAAAUAGUAACAGGCGUGCACACGCAUCCGUCAAUGAAUCACCUGCACAUUCACGUGUUUAGUCGCGACAUGCAUUCGCCGUGGAUGAAACACAAGAAGCACUAUCUUAGUUUCAACACCAGUUUUCUAGUACAAUUGCACGAGUUCCCGCUCGAGCAAGGGAGUGAGAGAUUUCAUCCGGGAGACUGGCCGAGCUGGGACAUGAAAUGUUGGCGCUGCGGACGGAAUUUCAAAAACAAGUUUGCGGUGCUGAAAUCGCAUUUGGAAGACGAGUUUGAGGAGUGGAAGAAGGAGUGA